ACAAUCAAUUUGACUGAAUAUAAGGAGUGGGUUAUCAACGAGAAGCCAGAGUUUGUGCUCAAGUCGUUGAGUAAACUCAAUAUUGAGCCCCAAAUGAGUGAUUAUGAUAUCGAUGGCUAUCCAUUCAGUCCAUCGGUUAUCCGCUUUUAUAAGGAGACGUUUGAAGAGUUGGGUACUAUUGGCAGCUCAGGUGGUUUUGGGACAGUUGUCAAAGUGAAGCGUCGGUUCGCCGAUGAUAUCUAUGUGGUCAAGAUUAUCGAGUUUAAAGAAUCAAACUACGAUUACAUGUAUAAACUAUUUGGUGAACUGAGAUGUUUAGUACAAAUACCGGCGGAAUAUGUGGUCCAGUAUUACAACUCGUGGUUUGAGCACAAAUUCCUAUACAUUCAACUCGAGUACUGUUCGCAUACACUGAAGGACAUCAUUGCCCUAAAGGGGCCCGAGUUUGGGCGCCUG